AUUAUUCUUCUAACAAGAAAGCUGUAAAAAUGUCCUCCUAAAGUAAAUUGCUCACACAAACACACACUUCUCUAAACAUUCCUACAAUUAGUUCAUUCAGGAGCUCCAGACUGGAGACCAGAGGCCCCCCGGUCUGGGAUGUGUACCUUACUCAAUGACCCCUUUGUGGGGCUAGUAUUUAUAAAGCCAGACUGCACCUCCAACACCUCCUCAGUCCAUUACACCUUCGCCAUGAGAUCCAUAUGCAGCUGUGCUUUCCUUUUGGUCUGCUUCAUCUGGGCCACAGACGCACAGAACAGCAGUAACCACAUCGAAAUCACCCAACACAGCCGGCCCCAGCCACAGCCGAAAGCAAACCUCUGGGAUGAGCCUAUUCGCUUCAACACCAAAGCCAAAGACACCUGCACUAUGGUGAUCUCCAGCCAGACCAACACCACUAAGCUGCGUGUCUCCUGCAAGAGCAAGGGCAAGUCGUACUGGUGUGAUUUCCUGGGCAAACCCAACCUCUGCAAGUCAUAUAACAACAACCCUCGCCACUACUUCACUCAGAUCAUGUGGGACUUGAGGAAGCUCCACAACGCCUGCCAGGGGUCGAGGGUUUACAAGCCACAGAUGUGCCGCUCUGCUUCCGAUGAGGUCCAAAUGGUGUUCCACAAUUCUUGGCCUAAAAACUCGGUCCCAAAACCUACUCAGGCUUCUCAGAACCAGCAAAAGCACCAGCAGCAGGUUAAGUCCAGCGUCCCCCCUACCAAACCUCCCACCAAGCAGCAGCUUAAACCCCAACAGCCGGCUAAAGCUGCUUCUAAACCAGCCAAGACUGGGGCUUCCAAACCUGCUUCACCUCGAAAACCUGUAAAGGCCAUCACAGUGAGACCCACCGUGGCGGAGGAGAGUCAAUCAGUCAAGAUGGCUGAGGAAUACUGCUGGAAGAGCCUGCAGGGCGUCUGCGCGUACUUCAUCAGCUGGUUCCAGAGUUAAAACAUCACUACAACUGGUUACCAGUGACCUAGAUUGCCUCGCUGAGAUUUCUACAGGGACUCUACAGUGCGUGUGCGUUAUGUGUGUGUUUGUGUUUGUGUGUGUGUGUGUGUGUGUGUGUGUGUGUGUGUGUGUGUGUGUGUGUGUGUGUGUGUGUGUGUGCGCGUGUGUAAGAAUGUCGUUAUGACUGCACCAGUGUGUCUGUGUGUUUUUUUUUUAAUGUGAGUCAUCAUACAGUAUGUGCCAAGUGAAAAUAAGAAUGAAAGAAAGAAACUUUGUAACAUGUUGUUUAAUAAAAAGAUAUUUCAUAA